AUGCUGUUUGACUCGUAUAUCGGGCCCAUCUACAAUCUGACAAACGACAGAGAGCCCAUGUCACUUCAUGAUGUCAAGAAAACACGGGAGUUUAGCAACUUUCGCGCCAAACUUGCCUUCUUGACAUUCGGCCUUGAGGUCAUAGACGGAGGCAACGAUCACUCUGACUGCGCAAUGACAAUUGCCAUGACUGUCUUCCCACAACUGCUUGUUGGAAUGUCGGAAGAUGAGAUCAGGUCUCUCAUCCGCUCCAGCAUUCGCUGGAAUCUCGCUGAAUCGCUUCAAAAUCCAUCAUACACAUCAACAGGUGAGCUGAAAGUUGAGGGGAAGUACUCGAAAGGUUUACGCGUUUUCAAUGGACAAGAGUCAACCAUGCGUGCAUUGCGUGCUGCUAAAGUAGAGGUAUAUGUCAUCAGUGCGUCUCCACAACUUUUUGCUGCCGAAGCAAGCAACCUCAUCGGACUUGGCAACAUGGUACCAAAUACCAACGUGUAUGUUGUGCGCUUCGCAACAAACGACGCGGGUUUAUUCACUAGAAAACGGUAG